AUGGAACACAUUGAAGCUUUUGAAGAGAUAUGCAGUUUCACUCGUGCAAACGGCGUCCCACCCGACUACAACAAAUGCAUGGUGUUCCCAUUCUCUCUAGCGGACAAGGCUUCACGAUGGCUUAAGUCAUUACCUACAGGUUCCCUAACUUAUUGUGAACAGGUUAGAGCAGCUUUCUUGGGACACUUCUACACGAAAGCCAAAACAGCUGCCCUAAGGAACAAGAUCUCCUCCUUCAAGCAACUCGCUAAUGAACCUUUCAACGAAGCUUGGGAACGGUUCAAUGAUACCCUCAGAGAUUGUCCUCAUCACGGGUUCGACGAUGACCAUGUUCUAGGAAUCUUCUACGAUGAUGUGAAAUGGGAGUUCUGCAAUGGUCUAAACGCAGUGAGCAAUGGAGAUUUCAUGACUCAAACCACAGAAGGAGCUCACGCGCUAAUAGAGAACAUGGCAGCUAGUUCGUCCAACAAAAACGAGGAGACUGACCGUUCCAAGAAGGUGAACAGCAUUAACACUAGGAAGAUUGAUGACCUUGCCGCUAAGGUCAAUCUGCUGCUCAAGAACAAUCAGAAUCACAUAUAUGUCAUGGAAGAAACCAAUCUGGAACCAGGUACUACAGUUGCUGCAGCAGAAACCGAGACAUCGGAAGAAGAUCAGCAAGAGGUCAGUUACGUCAAUGGGCAGGGUUGGCAGUUCAAAAACUACCAUCCAAACCCUAAUGUGAGGAACAACCCGCAUCUGUUCUCAUACAAGACCAAUCCAGACAACCCCAACGACAGAUCUCAAGGAAAUCAGUUCCAAAACACUGGAUAUCAGAAGCCAUACUUCCAGAAUCAGAAUCAAAAUCAUAAUCAGAAUGGGAAGAUGUUCAUCCUCAGCCAGGCUCAGAAUCAAUUUCAGAACCGGCAGAAUAAUCCACAGGCUGCUCCUGCAACCACGAGUGGUCCGCCAUAUGAGCUGAAGGGAAUGAUGCAACAACUUAUGCAAGCAAGCCACAUAAAGCAGAUGGACGUUGAGAUUGCUCAAACUGCUGAAACAAUAAAAAGGCAACAGGGAACGCUCCCAGGGAAAACAGACAAGAAUCGCAAGGACUGUAACGCAGUCGAGCUGAGAAGUGGAAGACAUCUAUCAGAUCCUGUCCCCAAGAAGCUCACUGCUCAAGAGAAGGGAAAACAGAAAGAGGGAGAACAGCCUCCGCUUGAGGAUGUCCACGACGACCAUGAAUCGGAACAGCCAACAGCCGCAUAA